AUUGUGACUUUUUCAAGGGAAGGAGCCACAGAAUGAUGACAACAUACGAAGGUUCCAAAUAGUCUGAGGAGCUGCUUGGAGGUAUCAUAAGGCUGGCAGUCUUCCAAACUUGAAGUUUUACAAGGAUUAAGAAAGGAGUCAGAUGGGCAAGACUUCACAGAGGAAGCAAUGUGACUGUGAGAACCUAUCAAAGCCAAAGCCUUGUUUAAACACCUCAAUCCCCUUGAGAAUGUCUAGUUAUACAUUCAAGAGGCCAGUCACUAGAAUCACAUCCCAUCCUGGCAAUGAGGUAAGAUAUCAUCAUUGGGAGGAGAGCCUGGACAAGCCCCAGCAAGCCUGCUGGCAGAAGAGACUGCAAGGACUCCAGGCCUACAGCAGUGCAGGAGAACUUUUGACCACUUCAGAUCUAGCCAAAGCUUUGCAAGACCUUACACCCCGAGGCACAGAUGCAUCUGUUUCAGAGACUCAAGCCAACAGCAUUGGCUCUAGGCCCAUGACCACCCAUGAGUCAUCUUCACAUUUGGCAGAGAUGAUUCCAGAAGCAAGUAUCCCACAGAUCCUUUGCAAUCAAAUUCUCGUCACCGAAGAAGAUAUUAGCAAGCAGGAAAAGAAAGUGAAAAUAGCAAGAGAAAGACUGACAGUUGCAUUGAUUGAACACAGGCUAGCAAAUGAGGCAGAGAAAGUGAGGGGGUCAAGGAGGGCAAACUUAUAAACGGAGGGGAAGCUGGGGAGAAGAUACUGCAGAUGAAAUGCAGAAUUGUUUUAACACUUC